AUGCAUCCUUCUCUCCGACUGUCACCAGAGCGUUUUCCUGCUCCCCUGCGGGGUCGGGUUGAGGCAGCUGCCCAUCGUUCGCUGCCGGAUGUGGAGUUCCUUGUUGGCCAGAGCGCAAACGGCCAGCUGACGGAUCGUCAACAACGACAGCUGGUUGCGCUGUGGUACGAAUGUCUGAAUGCCCCUCCGGAAAUCCCGUCGACGUCCUACGAUAUCGAAUCCGACUCCUCGCGGAACACGUUGGAGUGCGCGAUCACUGCGCUAGAGGGCCUGUUUGUGGCCACAAGUGGGGAGAGCAGGAUGGUCGAGCGGGGAGCGAUCGCGGAGCUCUGGCAGCGUGCAUACGCAUGGCUACUAAUUAUUGACGGUCUUCAGGAUCAUCUCCCCACCGAACUACGGACGCGUAUGGUCCCCGCCCAGCAGGUCCUUUUCGUUGAAGGGCUAAUCAAGGCCGGUGGAAACGUUGCAAUCGCCGCAAUGAAUGCUAGUCCAAGACUGGUGUACCUUCUUGGACGUUGGUGGCAGGAAAUUGUGAUCGCCCGCGACGGUCCAAUCCUGGCAACUCUUACCGUCCAGCUGGGAAUCUUUGUUUCGAAAGACCGUUUUCGCCAACUCCUCGACAGUGUCGGCGGGCAAUACUCCAUCCUCGGCAACACGCUUGCAAAGCACCUCAGCCUCACAUUUUCCGCAGAUUUCCCCUAUCCUGAUGCCCAGCGUAUCAAGGAGGGCUUUUCCAUCAUCCGCAUCUUCAGCCACCACUUACAAACAAACACGCAUUUGCUAUUUGCGGUCUUAGAAUCCAGACCCCGCUUCGUCCCUGCCAUUACCCACAUGCUUCUUAUAUCAGCAACGACUCGGAUGCCUUCUGUCAAACCUGACGAUUGGUUUGAUCUAUUCUCCCUGCUGCUCGCCACGCUGUGCGAUUAUCCGGACGACCUGCCUCACAGUCUGGCACACAAACACCUCAAACACGCGCUAAAAGCCGGUCUUGUUGCAGCUGUCGCAUCUUUUACAAGCUCCAACAAUGUGGCUGCACCCCGAGAGCUUCGCAAUCAUAUUAUCGAGCAGUUAUUCAGAGCUGACAUGAUUCUCGGACGGAGCACUGUGUUUCAUUCGGUGCUUCCCCAUCUCAGGGUGGUGGCCGGAAACAUAGGGCAACUAAAAAUCAACAUGGGAGGGAACUUAUCGUCAGCCUGGCAGUCUUUCGACGACUUGCUGCGGCAACGAGACACAUUAUAUGACCGUUAUACGGAUGAUUGGGUCCAGCAGCUUCGGGCUUGUGCCCAUGUGACGUGUCAACGGCAGCUUACGCGGGCGGAGCUCAAGCAGUGUAGUGGGUGUAAAGCAGCCCUGUACUGCUCCUCCGCGUGUCAGAAAGCUGAUUGGAGACCUGUUCACAAACAAUACUGUUCCAGCUUGUCCCAAAUCCGGAGAGACACUGUCUCCCGCAUCGGGAAACGGAACCUCUCGUUUCAUCAUUACCUGGUCGCGGGCGAGUGCAAGCGGCACCGGGCCCAAAUUGCCCAGAUGCUCGCAGAGUUUGUUCUGCAAAACCGGCAGCCGGCGGCCAGCGCGCUCUGCGUGAUCUACAGCUUCACAGGCGGCCACUGUGUUCUCGGGACAAACUGGUCUACCGGCUCCGCCGACGCACUCGGCUUCCCCAUCGCGCCGGCAUACAUCCGGCCCGCGCAACGCUCCGCGGGCCGCACACACCUCCACAUCUUCUACUGUGGAGCGCUGAGGCGUGAUGGGGCUGGACACGGGAACAAGGUGCUAUAUGCCCAUGUGUUUCCCUUCCAUGUUUCCGAGCGCUGUGCGGCAGUGAUACGGCGGCUGGGGGACCGCUGCCGGACGCGAUAA